GUAAGCGAACGAUGGCAUAAUUAGCCAGUCGAAUUUGCAAUUCAACUAGUUUAGUUCCUUCCACCGUCCAGUCAGUUGCAAACAUUCUAAACAAGUGAAAUUUCUAUGUGCAUCGUUGCUGAAAAAUAUGGCUCAACAAUUACAAAUAUUCCAAAAGAUGUUGAAAAACUGUAUUGAAAAUCAAGACCUGUUUUCGUUCCAAUGGAUUUUUCAUACGCUAAAAAUUGAUCCACAAUUACAAACCAUCCUGGCGACAGUCGUACAAUCGGUGUUUGAGAUUGUUUUAACCCAGCCAAACAGUGAAAGCUUCAUCAAAGAGUGUCUAGAUAAUGGUGCUCUCGCUCAUCAGAAAUCCGGCCGAGGGGAGUAUCCGAUACAUCUAGCAGCAAAAUCACGCGACAUCAACAAUUUGAAGCUACUGCUAAUACGGCACGAAGUCAACGUUAAUCAACUGUCCGAUGAUGGCUAUAGCGCAAUUGAUUUUAUAUGUCCAUCACACGCUGACGAAAUCUCCGCCGAUACCUUAGCCAAAAGUAUUGAAUGCAUAACUCUGUUACACAAACACGGGGCCACUAUAGAUACCUCUAACCUAGCGAAACGUUUAGCAAAAUCGAAGCAGGAAACCGAGAUCCUGGCUGAAUUUAUGCAAGGAAUUGAACCCUUCGUACCGGUGGCUGCAAGCGGCGUACCUGAGACUGAGACUGAGACUGUGGAUAAUCACAUGUUAUUAGAGAAUGCCAUCACCUGUGGGAACUUGGAGAGGGCUAAACAAAUCAUUGAAUCGCAUGCAAGCCCACAAACCUCACCAUACAUAUCCAAGAAAGUACUUACCAUUUGCUUUGAACGCGGAUGCUUUGAAAUGUUGGAAUAUAUAUUCCAAAUACUCCCAGCGGCUGGAAUAGAGUCCCGGAUAACCAAGAAAACAUGGCUGUCGUUUUUGGUACAGCGUGUAACUGGAUCUGACCCCGAGUGUCGGUUUUUCAAAUGCUUAAAGCUAUGCCUGACCUAUCCUCAAUUCGACAUCGACGAAAGAGAUGGUUGGGAUUAUACUGCUUUGCACUAUGCGGCCACCUUAAAACUGAAGCACGUGCAGGAGCUGCUCCUUCAGAAAGGUGCAUUCAUAGGUGGAAGGGACAUAUUUGGCGUUUACACGAUUAGCCAAAUUGACCCACUGACGCUGGUGCGACAUUUUGAUUCCUGUGUGUACACUAGUCCCAGGAUAGCGGAUGAGCAUGGUGCAAACUCACCUAUUAUUUACGUCAUGUUGAGCAACUUUGCUCCCACUAAGCACAAGGAAAAUGAGCAACACUUUACGUCAACACAAGAUAUAUCCUAUAAAAGCAUGCGACCUGCAUUGAUGGAGUUCACCAAUGUGUGCAAUAUUUCACAUUCCGAGGAAAAAAUACGCCAGCAGCUUAUUGAACAUCCAGUGAUAUCUACCUUACUUUAUAUUCGGGACCCACCAGUAACGCCAUUUGUGUGUUUUUUUAGAUGUAUAAGACUAGUUCCGUUUAUGUUAAUGUUCGUUUUGAACAAUUCUAGCUGGUUUAUCUUGUGUGAAUUUAUUUUGCUGUUUGGUCUCUUUAUAUUCGAAUUCGUUCUGAACUUCGGUUACUUCAAGUACUUUUGCGAUACAAGUCGCAAACAUCUUUUCCGAUUAUUGCCGAAAAAGUCAAUCACAAUGUUGAUAGAAAUAGUGAUGAUACUAAGUUUGAUGUAUUUUACAUUUAUUGGAUACAGCCAAUUGAACCAGCUGGUCUGUUGCAUUCUUCUCGCGGGAAUCAACGCAAAACGAUUCUUUGCCAGCUGGAAGUGGUCGGCUAAGAACAUUUAUGCACUAGAAAUUGUAAUGGGGAAAAUUAUACUCUACAUUUUGAAUCACGCAUACAUAUUUAUAGUAUUUGCGUACGUAUUUUACGUUCAAGCUGUAUUUUUAAACGUUGAAUUAAAGUCUUUGGCGUCUAAUAGCACUGAAAGCAUGACAAAUACGACAUUAGCGUCAAUAUCUAUUGCCAACACACUGCUUGACCAAUUGGCGAUGUUUAUUGGAGAACUAAACAUAGCAGACAAGAGACUUGACAGCUGGUUUUCUGCACUGACCGUUGGAGGUUUUCUUAUCAUAGUGCCGAUUUCCUUGGCUAACCUGAUAUCGGCUUCUGCAAUUGUAGACGUUAUGAAAAUCUACGACGAAUCUAGGCGCAUAGACAUUGCUCUUAGGUUUGGCUACGCUUGUGAUUUAGAAUAUCCAGUUUUUAAGUUUAUUCAAUAUAUUAUAAAUUGGAAAUGGUGGUUGAUGCUCCGGGAUGAUGUAAAAUAUAUUGCAAUGGACACUGGAAAAAACUUUGAAAUCACGCUUCACGUAAAUAACACGGAUCGGCAGGAAACUUUGUGGCAAACAGACCGCCAAUUUGCCAAAAGAUUAGUUAAUGCUGCGUUUGCUAACAAAGUGCAGAAGACCCCUCAAUCUGAGUCGAGAGUGUUGCGCAAAUCUUCUCGAUUUAAAGAGGAGAGGUUUGCGACAAGCUCACUUUGAAGAUGGUAGGCCGCCCUAAUACCCUAAUAUUUUCUUAAUUAAUAAUUAAUAUGAUGCCUUGUUAAUUAAGAUGAUAUAUUUUCAUAAUUCUGACUGCUAAUGUUAUGUUUUAAAAAGGUAAUAAUAAUUAUUUUUAAAAAUUAAAUAACAUGAAGUCUUUUACAUGUGAAAUGAAAAAUUCAUUUCAUAACUAUUUAUAAACCCGCGAAAUUAAUGCCAUGCUCAACGCUCAGUGCCCAACUCUCCAAUCAGUGUUAAACUCCGCAAUGUGUUCUCUUAUUGAUUAUAAAAAUUAUUAUUACUUAGUUUUUAAUACAACUUAGCCCACACCAUAUACUCAAAACGAUAAGCCUUGCGGCACCCCUUGUUAAAACUGCAACAGCAACUAACGUCCAUAAUGAAUCAUAUGAAUGACUUCGCUGGUGAUGAAGUCAUUUCACAUCUAAAAGAACGACUUUAUCGCUUUUAUAUUACAAGAGAAUUGCAUCAUCCCAUCAUCUGUCAGCAGUCGUGAUCGACACAUGACAAAACACCGGCUCGUGCUGGCGUUGUGCCUUAGAACCACACUACAACUCUUCUCAUUGCCCGAGCGCGUUGAAAUAAUAAUGAAACAGUUGCAUUGAUAGUUGAUAAAACAGGAAAUCUUCACUAGCAAACGAAAAAGAUGUGCUGAGAACAUCAAUGUCAAAGAGUGAUGUGAGUGAUUAACUUCACAAACGCGAACUAUGAUUGUAUUUUUUUUUAAUUCAGGAGGAACGGUCCAAAAAGGCCGUAUUGCUUGAACUAUGAUUGCAAAGCGGAAUAAUUUCGUGCAAUUGUGAUCAGGUACUGUACCCUUCAAAAUCUUAGAAUGUGAAUGUGUAGCAUGUAUUUAUUGAGAUUUACUUUACCAACUUUCAAUGCAAUACACGCAGCGGUACGUUUAAUGUUAUCAUGCACUUAUGAAGAAUAAGUGUUUGAAUAAAUAUGUAUUACAUCCUGUGUU